CUGAAAGACAAGAUCAUGACAUGUAAAAUUGUCAGGAAUCUACCUACCAUGCAUCAAUGUAGGAUCGGACCUUCGCGCGGGCUUUCUUUGCCAUCGUUACCACAACCUUGCUCGAGCCCAAGCACGAGAGGGCGGCAAGCACUAGGACAGGCAAUAUCAUCGCACACGGGACGUCGUCAUUGCAUCAGAGGGACUUCCAGGAUGGCAACCAACGCGACCGGCAAGCGGAGCACAUCUUCCGUGUCCAAUAGCCUUAUCGCGGUUCUUAAGGACGAGAUCAAAUACGAACGUGAAUCCUAUCGUCGCAGCGAACUCAUUAUCGGAGACCCACCAAAUGAUUUUGAGCUGCAAGACGCUCGUGGAACCACUUGGUUCGUCCUGGCGAAGGAGUUCGAGAACGAGGAGAUUAUCGUACGCGUCGACCUAGAUGCUCAACCAAUACUCGAAGAAGAAGAGGAGGGAGAGGAGUAUGAGGAUGAAGAUGAGCAGGAGCCAUCAGUUGAGUUCCAGGUGACCAUCGCGAAGGAGGGAGACGACACGCUGAUCUUUGAGUGCGAGAGCAACGGCGAAUAUUUGACCAUUAGCCGUGUGGCCCUUGAUGGCAUAUACGAGGAUAGCGACGGUCCGCCCGCGUAUAAGGGUCCCGUAUUCCAGGAUUUGGACGAUACGCUCCAACAGGCCUUUGUGGAUUUCCUUGAGGAGCGGGGGGUGAACGCCUAUCUCGGAGAGUACAUCCGGGUGUACCUAGAGGACAAGGCAACCUUAGAGUACCAGCAAUGGCUCAACCGUGUGCGGGAAUUCAUCGGCCGAUAAACCACUUUGCAUGAGUGCGCGCGUGCGUGCGUGUAUGUUGAGACAGGCCACGUACUACCCGUAUCCGUGGCGCAUGUAUGUAUACCUGAAGAGGAGUAACCCGACCCCCUGUAACUUCAUGUGAACG